AUGCUGCCGAUCGCUGCCUCGUCGAGGCUCACCUUGGAACACCUCGCGGUGACAUGUAGCUUGAGGAGUCGAACCUUCUCCACGACUCGCACCGGCUCGCUCGCUGCGACUGGCCAACAGUGCACCACCCGGGCCACGCACGAGCCCCAGACGAACACAUCGCCGACCAAGCAUUCACCGCCACAGCCGCAGUCGAACCACAAGACGCACUACCUCAUCACAUUGCAUCGAUCUCCCGCAAAUUUACCCGAGACGGUCGCGCGCACCUGUGAAGCCCUUGGCCUACCCCGUCGCCUCUCGUCCUCGAUCGUGCCGAUUACUCAAGUCUCCAGCGGCCAAGUGCUCGCCAUCAAGGAACUCGUCGGUGUGCGCGCCAUCACGCUCGAUCAGGUCGUUUCAGCGCAAUGGACCCAGCGCAAGGGGGCAGGUAACCAAGGCAGCGGGUUGAGGUCGAACGGCAAUCCGCGGGGGAUCAUCCGGGUCGGCAGUGAGAGGGCAAGAGGGGACGAGAGAGGGUACAGGAUUCUCAAGUAG